GCUCUGUUUCCUGUCGCUUUGAAUUUACACAGGGAAGCUUAAUCGACCCGAAAGCCUCCGAGAAGGAAUCUGAAGGAAUGCAAGCGCUAGUGACAUGGAGAGAGAAGGUGCGCAGUCCACAGGUGUUGUCGCAGUUGUGACUGAGCCUCAGUUUACCCAGCGAUACCGGGAAUAUCUCCAGAAGCAGAAGCUCUUGGAUGGACAACACCGUGUGGAGAAGAUGCCGGACGGCACCGUGGCGCUACCGGUGCUCGGGGAGACCCUCCUCGAGCAGCAUCUGCUGGAGCUGAGGAAUCGCGUGGCCCCAGGUAGCACCUGUGUGCUGACUCAGCUCCUGGCUCCUGUUCCUUCGAAGAAGGCCCAAGGCUGUUCACCUGCCCAAAGACUGUGUCAUGAGGUAAGGCGCUGGGUGGAGGGUCGGGGAGUAACGUGGUCAGCUGAAUUGGAAGCUGAUUUGCCCCGAGCGUGGCAACGGCAUGGCAACCUCUUGUUGCUGAGUGAAGACUGUUUCCAAGCCAAGCAGUGGGAAAGUCUGGAACCAGAACUCUGGGAGACCGUUGCCUUUGCACUUGGUGUCCAGCGUUUGGCAAAACGAGGGAGAGUGUUACCCGAUGGCUCUCGAACUCCAGCAGUGACUCUGCUGCUGGGCGACCAUGGCUGGGUGGAGCGUGUGGAUAAUGGGAUCCGAUAUAAGUUUGACGUGACUCAAUGCAUGUUCUCCUUCGGAAAUAUCACUGAGAAGCUUCGAGUGGCAUCGAUGUCCUGUGCCGGAGAAAUACUGGUGGAUCUAUAUGCGGGAAUUGGUUAUUUUACAUUGCCCUUCCUAGUUCAUGCUGGUGCUGCCUUCGUCCAUGCCUGUGAGUGGAAUCCCCAUGCUGUAGCUGCUCUAAGAUAUAACCUGAAGAUCAAUGGAGUAUCAGAUCGGUGCCAAAUACACAUUGGAGAUAAUAGGACACUGAAACUCUCACACAUUGCAGAUAGGGUGAACCUGGGGCUCAUUCCCAGCUCUGAAGAAGGUUGGCCCAUUGCCUGCCAAGUACUACGACAGGAUGCCGGGGGGAUUUUUCAUAUCCACCAAAAUGUAGAAUCUUUCCCAGGAAAGAAUCUCCAGCCUCCUGGAAGCAGCAAAAUGGAGAAACAGCAUUAUUCUGAUUCUCAGAAAAUUACUACUAACAGAGAGGAAAAUGGAAUCACCAGGGAUUUUAGGGGAGAAAUGCUUUCACCAGCCAUCAAGCUAGCAUGGCAAAGGUGGGCUGAAUCUGCAGAAACUCGGAUUGCCACUCUUCUUCAGCAGGUUCAUGGGAAGCCGUGGAAGACACGAAUCCUGCAUAUCCAACUAGUGAAAUCUUAUGCUCCCCAUGUGGAUCAUAUAGUCUUGGAUCUGGAAUGCCGCCCCUGUCCUCUAACUGACUAGCAGAGGUGGAUCCAGUGACACAGGGUGUCCAUAUGAGUGGCCCUUAAUGCUUCAACUCAAGCUGAUUGAAAAAUAAAGUCAAUAGAUCAAGCAGUGGAAUCCAAAUCAAAGUAUUAACAUGAUACUGAAUAGGGAGAGAAGAGGGUGACAAUUAGUAUAACUAACUCUAUUUCUCCAUUUAAGCAUUCCUAACUGAAUGUGGGGGGAAUGUCAUAAGUUAGGCUUAUUGUGGUAGAAAACAUUAAGAAUCACUGCCCUAAAUCACAGAAUAGCUAAAUUUCAAGUCUUAGGCUCAUGCCAUAACUGCCAAUUGCUAGCAAUUUUAAAAGUUCUGAUUAAAAUCUUUACUUUCUAU